AUGAUUGUCAAGAAAUGCGGAGGACUGCCCUUAGCUGCAGAAACACUGGGAGGACUUUUGCACUACAAAGAAACUGAAGAGGAAUGGGAAAGGAUAUUAGACAGUGAGAUUCUGGAUUUCUCACAUGAAGAUAGCAAAAUUCGAUCAGUUCUGAUGUUAAGUUACAGCUACCUUCCAUUGCACCUAAAACGGUGCUUUGUUUUUUGUUCAAUAUUUCCAAAGGGUUAUGAAUUUCACAAGCACCAGCUGGUGUUAUUGUGGAUGGUGGCAAAUCUUCUGCAGAAACCCAAGAGAAAUUCCAUAACAAUGGAAGAGAUAGGUUAUAAAUAUUUCAACGAGCUAGUAUCGAGGUCAUUUUUCCAAAAAUCAAGAGGCGGAGGAGAAGAAUCUUACUUUGCCAUGCAUGAUCUUAUUCAUGAAUUAGCCCAGUACGUGUCCAGAGGACACUAUUUUACAUUAGAAGAUGGCAACUCAAAGCAAGUUACAAUGAAGGUGCGUCAUCUAGUUGUUGCAUCGCAUGUAUCCGAUAAGACAUUGGAUUCUGUUUUCCAAACAACUCAAUUACGCACCCUUUUGCCAUCAUCUAGUAAUUCAUUCGACUACUUGUCCAAUGAAGCAGUAAAUCAACUGGUGUCGGGUCUGAAGAUUUUGAGAGUACUAAGUUUGUCUUGGUGCGAAAAUUUUAAGGAGUUGCCUGAGACAAUUGGUGAUUUAAAGUAUCUUCUCUAUCUUGACCUCUCUAACACUUUGGUCGAAACAUUGCCUGAAUCAGUGGCUCGUUUGUACAAUUUACAAAUAUUAAAAUUAUCAAGGUGUCGAAAACUCACCCAGCUGCCCAACAAUAUGCAUCGUCUCCUCAACUUGUGGCAUCUUGAUAUUGGUGGGUCCGACAACAUAAAAGAGAUGCCAAAACAAAUAGGCAGACUGAAAAAUCUCCAAAUAUUGACUGGUUUCGUUGUGGGAAAAGAUGGAGCCAAGAUAGGAGAGUUAGGGGAGCUUUCAGAGCUCAGAGGAAACGUUGGCCUCAAGAAGUUAGAGAAUGUUGCAAAUGGUGAAGAUGCAUCAAAAGCCAGGUUGGCAAACAAGAAGAAGCUAGAAGAGUUGACGUUUUCUUGGAGCGAUGAUACUAAAGAUCAAGAACAAGCCACUGACAUGGGUGUUCUUGAGGAGCUAUUGUCUGGCACAGAGUUGAAAAGGCUUAAUAUCAUUGGGUACAGAGGUAUGAAAUUCCCAAAUUGUUUUCGGAAUCCUAAUACCAUUAGCAGCAUAGUAUCUAUAAAACUUGAAAGAUGUAGACAUUGCCAAUCUUUGCCAGCGCUAGGAGAACUGCCCUCCCUCAAAACUCUUUACAUCAAACAACUUGAUGGUGUUGUAAGGGUGAAUGAAGAGUUUUACGGAACUAACGGUAAAUUUGCAUCGUUGGAAUCCUUAAGUUUCUCUUCAAUGUCAGCGUGGGAAGAAUGGAAUUCAACUGGGGUUGGAGUUCAAGAUGGUGAAAUUUUUCCUAGGCUCCGAGAGCUCUUAAUAAGUGAUUGUGAUAGUCUAAUUACCGUGCAUUUGCCUCAGAACCUUCCAUCUUUAACAAAACUUGUAAUUCCAUCACCACUCUUAACAUCUACGGCUUCCGCAAUCGGCUUCGCUGCAGAGUUUCUCCCCACUUCCCUCACACACGUAGAGAUCAAGAAUUGCCAGAACCUAGAAUCCUUUCCCCUGCAUUCGCUUCCCAACCUCGCGCAUCUCGAUUUUGUAGCGUGUGGAAGUCUAAAAGAGAUCAAAGAUGCCGGAAAAUCAUUAUCUCUUAGUAGUUUGUUCAUCAAAGAUUGCCCGAACUUUAUAUCUUUCAACGAAGGCAGAUUGAAAGCCCCUAAUCUGAAUUCUCUUACAGUUGAAGGUUGUGAGAGACUGACCAAGCUGCCUGGACAAAUGCCUUAUUUGCUCCCAUCUUUGAAAAAACUGUGGAUCAUCAACUGUCCUCAGGUGGAGUCAUUUCCUGCAGGAGGUCUGCCCUCUAACCUGAAUGGACUUUUGGUUGACAAGUGCAGUAGACUGACUGCAAACCGAACGGAGUGGAGUCUGCAAACACUCUCAGCUUUUGAAUACUUUGAUAUCAGAGAUGAAUCAGAUGCAAAUAUCGAGUCGUUUCCAGAGAUGGGUUUGCUGCCUUCCUGCCUUACCUCGCUUCGCAUUGGCCCACUUGCAAGUCUUACGGAACUGGACAUGAUGCAGCUUCAACAACUCCCCUCUCUCCAAUCUUUGGACAUCCAGUGCUGCCCCAGACUAACCACUCUAAAAGUUGACGGAGCCUUGGAGGCCCCAACAUUACCAAAACUACGUAGUUUGUCCAUCGAAGAUUGCCAGGAUUUCACAUCUUUCACCGAAGGUGGACUGAAUGCCCCGUAUCUGAAUUCUAUUAGAGUUGAACGUUGCCAGAAACUGACGAAGUUGCCUGGGCGAAUGCAUGACCUCCUCCCAUCUUUGGAACGCCUGUGGAUCAUUGAUUGUCCAAAUAUGGAGUCAUUUCCUGAAGGAGGUCUGCCUUCUAAACUGAAAGGACUUUUGGUUUCCAAGUGCACCUCACUGAUUAAAAACCGAAAUGACUGGAAUUUGCGAGCACUACAAGCUCUUGAAUUCUUUGAUUUCAGAGAUGAUGCAAAUGUGAAAUCGUUUCCGGGCAAGGAUUUGCUGCCUCCCACUCUUACCUGGCUUAGCAUUGGUCCACUUGCAAGUCUUAAGAGACUGGACAUGAAGGAGCUUCAACAACUCACCUCUCUCAAAUCCUUAAUCAUCAAGGAGUGCCCCAAGUUAAAGAAACUGCCGCGAUUGCCUGCCUCUCUUACUUGCUUAACUAUUAAUGAAUGUCCUGCUCUCAAAAAAAGGUGCCAAAGGGAGAAAGGGAAAGACUGGAACAUAAUUUCUCACAUCCCCAGAAUUCAUAUCGACCAUGAGCCCGUUUAA